UUCUGUAUAACAGAUUAGCAGGAGCCUAUUAGUUGAAAAGAGUUCUGAGGUUUCCCACUCCCACACGUAUUCUCAAAGUCAGCGUGGCACCUGCAAAGUCUGCAUUACCUGCUAUAAAACCAAACACUUUUACAGUGGUGAGUAACAGGCCAAUCGGUGGGACAGGAUGUAAUUAAGAGGAGGGCGUUAGAGACGAUAGUAAGUCUUUAUCUUUGAAAUCUCAAGAGGGUUUAUGCACUACAAAGAGCACACAGAGGGAGAGAGAGAACAGACAGUCAUUGUACUCAAGUCUGUCAUGGGCAUAACCACACUACAAAGCAGUUUACACAGGCAUCGACUAUCAUUAACAGUUUAUUUUUAAGCUGAUCCAAAUUGUCCAGCGAAUUCUAACCAGAGACAUUAACAUACGCGCAGAGGGACCGAGUCCAAGACUGCCUCUGCAGCAGGAGUAUCUGAAGAUGGAUAUUGUCUGCUGGGUGCCAAGACUAUUUUUGGGAGCCUGAGCCCCUGACUCGUCCCUGGUGCACCCUCUGAUCAGCUUUGUCAUCAGGUGUGAGGGCGGCUACACACACACACACACAGUGGGAUGAACGUGGAUACACCUCGACACUCACACCUCAGGAAACUAAUGGGUCUUUGUCACUUCUCUGAGAAAAGAAAAGUGAAGAGGGAAAAGUAAAAAAAAAAAAAAUUGCAGCUUAUCUGCCAACUUCACUUUACCUCUCCAGGUCUUGUAGAAAUUGGAAACAUGGAGAGGUGAGGAGAGAAUCUGAAGAUGCCAGCCAUGAUAACCUUGAAGUGGUUGGCAGGUAGUUGUACCAUAUAGGGCAUUUACUGUAUUUUAGGCUACAUCCCUGUUACAGCAGGAGCAUUAUAAAGCUUCUUUUGAACCAGUAAAAGCAAAACUUUUUUAUGCUUUUCACCAGAAACAAAGCUGUGACUGCUGAUGACCCAAAGCAAAAUGUCAGGCAUGAUUUGAUGCUUCUUGUUGUUUAUUCAUAACAGUGCUGUAAUUCUCCAGCCUAUUUCAUUCUGCAGGUUUUCCAUGUUUGAUCACGCUGAUGGACUCGUUGACUUGCACGCGUUUUCGCUUGUUUAUUCCAUUUCCUUUUUCAUUCCCCUUUUUCUGCUUACCUUUCCAUUUCCUCUGCGCGGCGAACCCACGAGCUGAAAUGAAAUCUGCAGCGCGUGCUUACACUGUUCAAACACGCAUAGCGCGCGCGGACACGUGCACAUCAGCGCUUCCUUCUCUACUUUUUUUUUCUCCUGGCGUGUGUGCGUGUGUGUUAAAUGUAAUGCGUGGACGAAGUCGUGUCCUGGAGAAGUUUUCAACGCGUGCGUCAAAAGUACGUGAGAAUAGUGGCGCAUUGGACGGCUGUAGUCAGUGUUGUUGAAUGAGCGGAGGGAGGAGGGUGAUCAUACAUUAACUCCUGCUGGCUGCGGGGACUCUUCAGUUGAUAGAAGCCAAGACAGAGGGACGCACUCAGAGCAACACUGACAGCUUUUUCUUAAAGGAACACAAAGGCGACAAAUGAAACCCAAAGGAAAACCCACUUAAUUUAUUUAAUUUUUAUUUUUUGGCCACCCUGUGUUUUCCAGGGGAUUUUUACGCACCGUAAAAGAGUAAAGAAAACGCCGCAGAGAUGAGUGUUGCGUGGUUUUACAUGCUCCUUAAGGAUCCCCUCUCCUGAUAAAGGGACCAAAGAGGACAAAACCAAGCCUGUCCAUGACAUUUUCCAAAAGAAGAUCGCAAAGGUGGAGCGAUUAGAGAAGGGCUGAUGACGGGACUAUUAAUCCUUUCAGUGCAUCAAAAGCACCAAAGGGUAUUAGAAACGUUUGGAUGGAAAUCGGGCGAGUGUUUAGAACUAUUUCUGGUUUUAUAUGAAACUGGUGAUUAGAUGUUGUUGUGACACAUCUGCAAGGAUUUUUUUCCCACUGAAGAUUUUGCUAAGGAGUAAAUUUGCCUUGUUUUUUUUCCCCCUCCACCGAAAGGUUGUAUGGUAUGAGCGGUUUCCCGGUGUGAAUUUUCAGAAACUCUCGUCUUUUUUUUCUUUUCAAGUAUUCCUAAAUCUAAAUGGAAUUAGUUGAGUCUGAAGCCGUUUGUGAAAGGAACAGACAUGGUACAUGGGCACAGCUUCCAUCACGUUGUUGCAAGUCUCCUCAUACUUGGGUUGUCUGGGGCAACAAAGAAGGAUACAGCAGUGAAAAACAAUUCUGGAGUGAAGCCUGCAGGUCAAUGUGGAACGUGGGUGAAGGAACCAGAAGGAGGGCUCUUCACUUCCCCCAAUUACCCAAACAAAUACCCCCCAGACACAGAGUGUGUUUACAUCCUUGAAGCCCCCCCGAGGCAGUGUAUCGAUCUGCACUUUGAGGAGAAUUAUUCAAUCGAGUCCUCUUGGGAAUGUAAAUUUGACAACAUCGAGGUCCGGGAUGGACCGUUUGGCUUCUCCCCAAUGCUCGGACGGUACUGCGGUCAGCACAGCCCACCCGAUAUCAGGAGUAGCGGCCGAUAUCUGUGGAUAAAAUUUGUUACGGAUGGUGAACUGGAAGCGGUGGGAUUUUCAGCAAGUUACAACUUCACUGCAGAUCCAGACUUUGCAGACUUGGGAGUACCCCCACCUCUGCCCUCCUGUCAGUAUGACAUGGUUGGUCCAGAAGGUAUCGUUGAGUCCCAUCAGAUCACCAGAGACGGGAAGGCUGGCGCCGGCGAGGCCGUCGACUGUAAAUGGUACAUCCGCGCUCCACCGCGCUCCAAGAUCUACCUGCGUUUUCUUGACUAUGAGAUGGCCAAUUCCAAUGAAUGCAAGCGCAACUUUGUGGCAGUGUAUGAUGGUGGCAGUUCGGUGGAAGACCUGAAGAGCAAGUUCUGCUCCACGGUGGCCAACGACAUCAUGCUGGUUUCCACGCUGGGUGUCAUCCGCAUGUGGGCGGACGAGGCCAGUCGCAAAAGCCGCUUCCGCAUCCUUUUCACAACCUACCAAGAACCUCCAUGUGAUGCAGAUGCCUUCUUCUGUCACAGUAACAUGUGCAUAAACAACACGCUGGUGUGUAACGGCAUGCAGAACUGUGUCUACCCCUGGGAUGAGAACCAAUGUAAAGAGAAGAGGAAAGCCAACAUCCUGGACAACCUAAACAACACAAACGGGACCAUAAUUGGUGUCACAUGUUGCAUCGUCCUCAUCCUCCUCAUCGUCUCUGUCAUCGUCCAGAUCAAGCAGCCACGUAAAAAGUACAUCCUCCGGCGUGAGGACUUUGACCCCACCAUGUUUCAGGAGGUUUUUGAGCCGCCUCACUAUGAGCUGUGUACUUUACGGAGUGCCACCACAGCCGCGGCGGCCUCAGCAGACUUAGUCGACCUGGCAGAAGACUUUGAGAACUACCACGCCCUUCGACGCGCCUCCUCGCGCUGCGUCCACGAUCACCACUGCGGGUCCUCCUCCAACCCCGGCUCUGCCCACCUAUCCCAGCUGUCACUCAGUGGACGUGGAAGCCGCGGAAACCUGAGUGCUCGCGAUGGGGCGGCCGCCACCCUGCUCACAGACCUUCCGCAGCCGCCCAUGGCGGUGCGGCCCUUGCUGCCGGCCACAGGAAACCGCAGGAGCAUCUUGGUCAUGAAGCACAGCUAUUCACAAGAGGCUGCAGACACUGGAUGUGACCUGGACGAUGACCUGGAAGAAGUUCCUACCACCAGCCACCGGCUUUCACGCCACGAAAAGGCAGUACAGCGGUUCUGCCUCAUUGGCUCUUUGAGCAAACAUGAAUCAGAGUACAACACAACUAGGGUCUAAGAGACAAUCUCAAGGUAAGCACCCUUAUCCAACAAUCAACAUCUUUAUAUGUUGUUGUGUAGUCAUCAUUUGCCCAGUCAGUAUAUACUUUUAUGUAAGUUCUUUUUCCUUUUCUGUGACUUUUGCACAAGUUUUUAUUUCAUUUUUUAUGUUUUUUUUAAUUGUUCAUUUUCACCAAGAUGGUUUUCUUGCUUGCAGCCAUCUUGCCCUCCUAGUGAGUUUGUUUGAAGUCUUUGUGAUGCUCAAGUUUACUGUAUGUCCUCUUGAGGACAUACAUUUUAUCACUCAGUGGAUAUUCAUUAGCAUGGACUUUUUCAGGCAUUCCUUAGUUGAAUCUGUUAUCAUUUAAUGUGUCUAACCUCUUUUUCUCCCAGUAGGCCUACAGCAAAUUAUAUAUAUCAACAAUGUAAAAGUAAAAGCACAAAUCUGAAAUACAAUCCCAGAUGUUUUCAUUCAAUUACAUCAGUGGGAUUUUUGCACACAUUAAAGAAAGCACAUCGAGAUCAUUUAAAUACCUUAUUCACCUCUUUGUAAUCUUUGAUUGAUCACACACAUAUACAGAAUUCCUCUGUAGUUUUGCAUGAUUUAUGUCACUUGUAGUAUUUGAUUUUGUGUUUGGUUAAUUGUGAAGCAUAGUAUUUAUGCCUGUGUGUAACAUUUCAUGUGUAUGCUCCACCACCCUGCUUUCAUGAAGUUCGCUAUAAGCACAAUAUAAUACAUUAAUUUUGCAUAAAUUUGAGACGCAAAGAACUGAUGAGAACCUUUUGUUUUAAUUAUUCAUUAUAAAGUUAAACUUAGUAAAAAGCAAAUUCAGUGCAGAGCUUUAACAGGUCCUGCUUGCAGCUUUAUGGCUGCAUACUGUAUAAUGGAGCAGUCACAUAAAGUGCUACCCAUUGUUCUGUCUUUUAGUGUGAAAAAUGUGCUGUCCCGUUGUGUGUGUGUGUGUCUGCUUAUGUUCUACAUUAUGUUGCAUUGUCUCCAUCAUGUAGACUUCUUGAGAAUAGUGAAAUCCUGGAUCAGUACGAACGGGCGUCACUGACAUAUGAAAAAGCGGAGCGGAGAUUUACACCAGCAUGAUGCUGAUGAUGAUGAUGAUGAAGGGACGCUUUGACGAAAGGAUAUUGAAUAUGUAAUAAUGUGCUGAACACAAAGGACAGCUGCGAUGCCAUUAAGCAGAAAAAGGUUUUCAGUCAGCUCUGCGCUCUACGUACUCUAGUCAGUCCAGAUCUUUUCUCUCACUGGAAAGAGAUGGACCUUUAAAAUGAGCCUGAUUAUUGAUUAUUGAACUUUAAAUAUGGGAUAUUAGUCAGAAACAUAUCUGUCAUUGUCAUAGAUUCCUCGCUGAUAACAAAAUUACUGUGAUCAAACAUCAUCAAGUUAAUUUUUACGCAUGUAUUUUUCAAAUUAGUGGCAUACAUAUUAUGAUUUUAAUAGCAAAUUAUAAAUGCUUGCAGUUUGUCAGAUUUGGAAAGAUUUAUGUUAUUAGUAAAAAUUGGAAUUAGACUCAAUUAAUUACUAACCUAAUGACUGUUGGAGUAACCAGAAGCAGUUUAAUUUGAAUAAUAAUUCAAAGUCCAGUUGUAUGGCUUGUGCAUGCUUCUUUUAUACCCAUUAAAACUUCAUCAUACUAACAUUAAAAUAUGAAAGGCCCCCAUCCACUAAUACAUAAGUCAUAUGGGCAUAAGAAGUGAUUAAAACAGCAUCCUCGAAAUUUAUUGAUUGCAUUGCAUGCAGUUGCUUAGCUAAAUCAUUAGAUGAAGGGAAUUAUGCAAAUAAAUAUCAUCUUUUUCAUUUUAACUCAAACUCCCUAUUAAACAUGUUGACUAACUUUUUUGACAAGCAGCUUUAUUAUGGCAAAGAAUACUUUUUUGUUUCUUUGAUGUAGUUUUUUUUAUUUGGCAAACAUAUUUACUUAAAGUCUGUUUGUCUUCUAACUCUCUUCUACUGUAAGAGCUUAAUAUCUUUGUAUUAAGACAGACUUUUAUACCAGGGCCAGUUGAAAGGAUGACGGUUUUUACAGGUACUCAAAUUAUCUUUCAGGGCUGAUUUUACUGAUGCUUUGUAAAAAUAAAUAACAAUAAAGCUUCACCUUCUUUUUUUGUUUUCUUGGCUUUUGGUCAGUAGUGUCUCUGUCCCUUUAGUGUGUCCUCAGACUGUCAGCACACGCCAUCCACGUCUCACUAUCAUGUUCUUAAAUGUUGGUCUAUUCGUUGUGGCUGAUUUGCUUUAGAGGAAACAAAUCAAAGGGAAUUGUUUCACCAAACGGAACAAUAAAACAGUUUCGAAUAAUCCCAGGUAAUCACAGGUAUCUGACAAGUUAAUUGACUUCUUGUGUUUGUCCUGAUGAGAUUAACCCGAGUUAGCUUCACACUCCAUUAACACUCAGCGUUGGCAGACUGGUUGUGUAGGAUGAAAUAAAAAUUUUUAAAAAAACCCACCUGCAUUAUGUGGAAAGCUAGAAAUGUAGAUCAGCUCUGAGCACAAUGACAAAACACAUACAAUUCAUACACACUUGCAUAUGCAUAUGGUGAUUUUUUUUUCAUACGCUGUCAUUGUCCAAAUACCUAUUUUUUCUUCUUACUAUGUCAGUGUUAUGGUAUUUUCCAUUCUGUGUACAUUAUUUUCUGUAUUCAGUGUGAUAUAUGUAUUCUUUACAUCCAUGCUUUCCACUUUCUUUUCCCUCCAUUUACACACAGUCAUACACAGACUCAUGUUCCUGCAGAUACUGAAUAAAGUAUUUUUUCUUUUCUA